CUCUUCCCUUCGCGCUCGAAAACUCGGCUACUCUCCGAGGCACCCUUCCUUGUCUGGGGCGAUGCCGACCAAGAAGAGAGGAGGACGCGGCGGCUCAUCGAAAGCCCUGCAGAGCAAGAAACGGAGGAAGGAGGAAGAGCCGUCGUCGGACGAGGAUCCUCAGAGGGUGGAAGGGGACGCGGAGGAGGAAGAAGAGGAGGUACUCGAUGAUUCUGUAGAUGAAGCUAGAGGUAGAGGCGGAGAAGAAGAAGAUGAUGAUGAUGAUGACGAUGACGAUGAAGACGAAGAAGGAGAGUCUCUUUCAGAAGUUUCUUCGGACGAGAAUCCGUUCAAGGAUGACUUCGACGGGGGAAGCGGCGAAGGUUCAGAUUCAGAUGAAUCUGAUAUCGAAGAGCAAGCGCGAGCUAUUGUGGAAGAGAAAGCGAGGGAGGACGAGGACGCAGAGGCAGAGUUGCAACUCAACAUCAAAGAAGAAGCUGAUGAUUUCAUACUUCCAACCGCAGAGGAGCUUGAAGAAGAGCAGCACCGCCCUCCAGAUCUUCCGAAUCUUCAAGGGAGGAUCAAAGAAAUUGUACGAGUGCUAUCAAAUUUCAAAGCUUUAAGACAAGAAGGAUCUGCACGAAAGGAUUAUGUUGAGCAACUCAAGAGAGAUUUGGCCUCAUAUUAUGGAUAUAACGAGUACUUGAUUGGUAUUUUUGUUGAGAUGUUUCCAGUUGUAGAGCUUGUGGAGCUCAUUGAAGCAUUUGAGAAGCCUCGACCCAUAUGCUUGCGCACAAACACUUUGAAGACUCGCAGAAGGGAUCUUGCUGGCGUAUUAAUAAAUCGAGGGGUAAACCUUGAUCCAUUAAGCAAGUGGUCAAAGGUUGGGUUGGUUGUAUAUGAAUCUCAAGUGCCUGUUGGAGCUACACCUGAAUACAUGGCGGGACACUACAUGCUGCAAAGUGCUAAUUCUUUCUUGCCUGUGAUGGCACUUGCCCCUCAAGAGAAGGAGAGAAUUGUGGACAUGGCUGCUGCACCUGGUGGUAAAACAACAUACGUUGCAGCUCUAAUGAAGAACACUGGAAUAAUAUAUGCAAAUGAGAUUAAAGUCCCAAGGCUUAAGUCACUUUCAGCAAAUUUGCAUCGCAUGGGAGUGACAAAUACGAUCGUUUGUAACUACGAUGGGAAGGAGCUUCCGAAGAUUUUGGGACCAAAUUCUGUGGACAGAGUGUUGCUAGAUGCCCCUUGUAGUGGCACUGGGGUUAUAUCCAAAGAUGAAUCAGUCAAAGCUUCUAAGAGUGCAGAAGAGAUACAGAAUUGUGCUUAUCUACAGAAGCAAUUGAUUCUUGCAGCAAUAGACAUGGUGGAUGCUAAUUCAAAAACUGGGGGAUAUAUUGUCUACUCUACUUGCUCCAUAAUGAUUCCAGAGAAUGAAGCCGUAAUUGAUUACGCAUUGAAGAAGAGGGAUGUUCGCCUUGUGCCAUGUGGACUGGACUUUGGUCGUCCUGGGUUUAUACGGUUUAGAGAGCACAGAUUUCACCCUUCUUUGGAGAAAACAAGACGCUUUUAUCCACAUGUUCACAAUAUGGAUGGUUUUUUUGUUGCUAAGUUGAAGAAAAUGAGCAACUCAAAACCAGUUGAGGCUUCAGAUGGUCCAUUGGGAGAAGUUGAACAAGGACCUGUGACUAUGAGUGUUGAAGAGGGUGUUCCCAAUGGAAAGUCCGAACACUCACAGAAACAGAUGCAUGAUAAUAAGGAGAAAAAUGGUUUCACAAGAAGUGAUCAUAAGAAGAAUGCUAAAGGAAAAAUUCCUGUCAGGUCCAAGCCUAUGAAAAAGAAAUUCUCACCCAAGGACAAGCAUCAGCCAGGGAAGAGAAAAGGAAAGGAUCGCCAAAAAAAGUUUCUGAAGCCUGAUUCGGCAAAAGUGAAGCGGCAGAAAGGAAAAGCUAAUGCCCCAAAAAAACCAGUUUGAUUUAUUCUUCUAAUCUGUAUUGGAUAAAUUUUCUGAUGUGAUUGUAGUAGGUCAGCAAGAGCUGCCUGCAUAUAAUCAUGCAUCCACAGUUUUGACUAUGCAGAUAGGAAUGUAAUCCUAUUGCUUUAUGUAUAUACAAGAAUGUUGAAUCUUU